UUACAUAAAAUAGGUGGCGUGUUUUGGGUCAAAAGCCGGCAUUUUUCUGUCAUUUUUUAACUUGUGAUUGUGUUCUGGAAAGAUCGCAAAAAACAUGGAAAAACACGGCGUAGUCCCGGAUGUAAUUGAUGUCGCGCCCGAAACGACAGCUGAGGUAACUUAUCCCAGUGGCGUCAAGGUCGACAUGGGCAAUGAGUUAACUCCGACCCAAGUCAAGGAUGUCCCAAGUGUCAAAUGGAAUGCUGAUAAUAACGCCUUGUACACCCUUUGCAUGACUGACCCAGAUGCCCCCAGCCGUAAGGAUCCCAAGUUCAGAGAGUGGCACCAUUGGUUGGUUGGUAACAUUCCAGGUGGGAAUGUCAACCAAGGGGAAACCCUGAGUGCCUAUGUAGGAUCUGGACCUCCAGAAGGCACAGGACUUCACCGCUAUGUUUUCCUUAUUUACAAACAAAAUGGAAAAAUUAACUUCGACGAGGAACGACUUCCCAAUACUUCUGGAGAUAACCGCGGAUGCUUUUCUAUUAGAAAAUUUGCAGAAAAAUACAAAUUGGGACAACCGGUAGCCGGUAACUUUUACCAGGCCCAAUGGGACGACUAUGUCCCAAUUUUGUACAAACAAUUGGGGGGUUAAGACUUGAAUCCGUAUUUUCUAUUCGUUCAGUUUUUUGUUUUAUGUUAUUAUUUUUUUUUCAUUAGCUUUGAAAGCGAUUCAUAAUAACUUCAAUAAAGGAUUAAUAGUUUAAAA